AUGGCCGACGGAUUUGCCCCGCGCACAAUGAAGCGCAAGAAUGUCAAGGGCCUCGCCUUGACACCUGCCGCUCCCAAGCCGCCCCCGACCGCUGAAUCGGCCGGCGGCCGCGAUGACGGUGGCAAAGAUGGCCAACUCGAGAUUGGGAUCGAAUAUAAACUCGAUUUGCGACCAGAGGACUUGGAGGUGGUGCGUGAGCUUGGCUCUGGAAACGGUGGUACCGUGAGUAAAGUGCGGCAUCUGACAACAGGCACCGUCAUGGCUCGCAAGAUCAUUCAUGUGGAGGCUAAGAGGGAGGUGAGGAAGAGGAUCGUAAGGGAGCUGCAAAUCAUGCACGGGUGUCAUUCAGACUAUAUCGUCAACUUCUACGGAGCGUUCCUGAACCACAACAACGACGUUAUCAUGUGUAUGGAGCACAUGGAUGUUGGAAGCUCACUUGACUGGGUAUCACGCGUUUUCGGACCAGUCCGCGUCGAUGUCCUGGGCAAGAUCGCAGAGGCGACGCUUGGUGGCCUCACCUAUCUCUACUCCAAGCACCACAUUAUGCACCGCGACAUCAAGCCGUCCAACAUCCUCGUUAAUUCGCAGGGUGGCAUCAAGCUCUGCGACUUUGGUGUGUCAGGAGAACUGGUCAACUCCAUUGCCGAUACCUUUGUCGGAACAUCGACGUACAUGGCACCUGAGCGAAUCCAAGGUGAAAAGUACACCGUCAAGUCGGACGUGUGGAGUUUUGGUCUGUCUAUCAUGGAGCUCGCAAUCGGCAAAUUCCCCUUUGCCGCCAGUGAGCAAUUAUCAGAUGGCGACGGCGAACCAGCUGGUAUCCUGGAUCUUCUCCAACAGAUUGUGCACGAGCCUGCGCCAAAGCUGCCCAAGAGCGACGCGUUCCCCAGUAUCCUCGAGGACAUGAUUCAAAAAUGCCUGUACAAAGAGCCCGACCUGCGGCCUACGCCGCAGGAUCUAUAUGAUCGCGAACCUUUCGUGCAGGCUGCCAAGAGGACGCCGGUUGACCUACGUGCCUGGGCUUGCGGCAUGAUGGAGCGCGAUAACCGCAAAUCUCACCUUGCGCCUCAGCUGUCGCCCUCGACACAAGAUCUCCUCCGUUCCAAGGAGUGGCCCACGCAGACCCAGCAGCAGCAGCAGCAGCAACAGCAAGCCAGGGAGUCUGCCCCUGACGAACGCAGCAUUGAGACCCCAACCUCGGGCGAGAUCCCCAUUGCUGGCACUGGGUACGUCUCGACGCGCGACUAUGCGCCCUCUAGCCGCUCACCAACGCGCAGCGCCACCAGCUCCGGCGGACGAACGCCACUUCUCCGCGGCAACACCACCAACUCAAUACCCAAGGUUGCCGGGUACAGCGAGACUGGCGGUCACGCACCUUCGGGGUCGACUUCUUCCACUACAUUUGCGCUACCCGUUCGUCCGGGACCUUCGGGUCACAUGGCGCCGCCACCCCCCCGGAACGAAACACCCGAUGGAUCGCGGAGGGAAGCCAGAGAGGCGAGAGACGCGCGGAGGCAGCCACAAUACGGCCUGCCCCCGAACCCAGCAUACAAUGUCUGA